AUGAUUCUUCUUUCAAUUCUAUUUCAAUUUGGCAUAGCCUGGUUGCUUCUAACGGAUUUAAAUGGAAUGAAAUCUGGUAGUAGUAACACUAUUACCAAAGAAAUGGGAAAGAAAAGAGCUUUGGUUAUUGCUCCCAACUUUCUUGAAGUUCAUUUUAAAAUGCUCAGUGUCUUCGCCAAUGUGCUGACCGAAAAGUUUAAUGUGCACUUUCUAAUUCUGAACACCAAAAAUGUAAAAGUUGGAAAAAAUUUCAAUUAUGGAAUUGAUACUGAAAAUUUUACACAUGGAGACGGAAGAAAUAAAGAAGGCGGAAAUACAUAUCAAAUUAUGAGUAUUUCAAAUGAAUAUCCCAAAAAAUUGGACGAAGGCGUAAAUAGUCUAGAGAAUAAAUUCUUAAAGAGAGGAUUUGAACAGAACAGUCAAAUUCUCACAAAUGAAGCCUACACCGUGUUUGAAGAUUUGUUCAAUAAAAAACAACAUCUUAUUUAUGACCUGCAGGAUGCAGAGUUCGAUUUGGGAUUUUUUGACACUUGGGACACAGGAGCUCUAUUUAUUUUCCACGAAGCAGGAAUUAAAAAUGUUUUUGGCAUUAACAACACCCAACUUAAUGCUUACCAAUUUAAAUAUGCUGGGAAGGAGUUUCCAAAAAAUGUUCCAGAAAUUUAUUCGGCCCGAAUAGGCGAUAAUGAAUUAUUUAAUCCUAACCGACUUAUUAUUACCUAUGCAAUGGAAGGAAGACAAAAACAAAUACUUGAAGAAUAUGAAAAAAGUUUAGAAAUCUUCUCAUCUGUUCAUAAACAAUUGGUUAAUUAA